UGAUUAGAAAAUAAGCUACAUAUUAUAUUAUAAAAGCACCGUAAGGACUAAUAGCAAUAGUUUUAUAUUUAAUGCUUUCUGUUGACAUUCGUGAACGUCCUGUCGCUUACAUUCCUUUGCCGAAGCGAUAUCGUGCGAUCUGCAUUACAAAAACACUGCCUCAUUCUGACACGUAUGGUUUUAAGAUCAGCGAAUCUGCGCAAAAGGGGUCAAACUUGCCCCGCUUGAACGCUCCCCGCGGGUUUAACCCGGACAUGUCUGCUGUGUUGCGGAGGAGUGAUGUUGACAUCUGUCCACAGAUAAAAUGUUUCGUCUCUGCCAACGAGCGGUUUUUAUACACAAACAGCGGAGCGGCUUCAGAUUCAGGCUGGUUUUUCCUAGCUGUAGCAGUUACUCAACAUCUCAAGUUAGACUUGGUGUUCUUCAGAGAGUAAGUGACAAGUAUGAGCGCUUCUUGGAGCAACGAUUUCCUCGCUUUUAUAUCUUAUACCGCACCCUCAGGAGAGGGUUCCAGCUCCUCUUUGAAGAUGUAAAAGAGGUCAGAAGAAUAAAAAGGAUCAUGCGUAGUAAUAACAUCCACCACAGAGAGCUCCCAUAUCGAGACAUGGAGAGGCUUCUUCUGUUUAGAAGAGACAUGAUUAAAGCUGUUCCACUGGUUGUGAUCUCUCUUCCUCCAUUUGCCGUCGGUUUGGUCUUUGUCCUAAUGUGCCUCUUUCCACGGCAGCUACUGUUUCGACACUUCUGGACUCCACAGCAGCAGAGGAAGUUCCAGGCGAUUACUCAUUUGAAGCGUUCUAAACACCAGGCAGAGAUUCUGAACAACCUUGUCUGGACAAUCCCGCAUGUUGACAAGUGGCCCAGGCGUACUUUGCUCUUAAGCCUGUGUGCCAAGAUCCAGAGCGGGGUCCAUCCAAGUGUUUCUGAACUCAAUGCCAUAUGCGAGGUCUUCUCUGGCCCUCCACUGGGAAUGCAAUACUUGGCACCACGUCAUUUGCGAUCGCUGGGCUCUCAGCUCCCUGUAAUUGUGUGGUUGCCUAGUUUCCUGGUGCGGAGGCGGCUGACCACAAAAGCCCUGGACCUGCUAUAUCUGGACCGAGCUUUAGACUCUCUAGGCCUAGAUCAGCUCAGCGAUGAAGAAAUGAAACGGGCCUGUGACCUUCGAGGGCUGAGUCCCAGCCAUCUUAGUUCCAGUCAGUGCAGAGAGUGGCUUCAACAGUGGCUCCAGUUUUCUAUACAGGUCAAAGAAUCGGAAACCUCACUCUUGCUGCACAGCAUAGCAAUCCUAACACUCAACUACCCUCCAGUCCCAAAGUGAACAAGCUAGGAUGCUGCAUGGUCACACAACACCGUUCUCCUGUUUACAGAAGAGGUUUCAUGAUAAAUGACCACUUCACUUUACAGAGUUUACAUCCCAGAUGUGCUAAUGAAGGAAAAGCCUUCAUUUUACAUGCCAACAUUCCACCCAAAGCGUUUAAGUUAUCUUUAAAAGCAUCUUGCAUUCUGGGCCAAAUCCAAAGUGUGUUGGGCCUGUGAUGAACGUUAAUAGUCUUAAUUUAGUCUUUAUAUUCACUUUGACUGUGAAUGUUUUGUGAAAAUGUUAACUGACUCAGACACCAUGGAAAGCUACUUAUGUAAAUUGGACCAAGUUACUCACAGAAAUGUUAUUUAUUAAAAUUACAGACUGAAACAUUCACAUUUGCGGAACCUCUAGAUAUGGAUCUUUGUUUUGUGGAAGUGUUUUCUGUUUUUUGGAACUGAACAGAAGUGGGAAGAUCAUAUCUGAUGGCCCUGUUUACUGAGAAGUGCAGUGGCUUCAGGUGAAAACGUAUCAUUGUGGUUAAUCAUUCAGUUGGCUUCACAUUGAUCUGCUGUCAUGAGUGGAUUCUACUUUAUCAUUUAUUUUUAUACAAUGCUUUUUGAAACAUCAGCUCUUUGUGGUUCUGCUUUAAAAACUUCUGCCUGUAAUUACAAUUUUUAUUGUUCAGUCCAAAUUGCAGUUUGACCUCAAACAACUUUGUGUUAAUCUCAGGUUACCACUUUUUUACGGUCCGUAGUUGGAAGUUUUUGUGUUGAAAUGCUAUGUCAACAUGGGACAUAAAAGUAUAAAAAUAUAUGAUUGAUCUUUUUUUCUUUCAACAUUUGCAUGUGAAAAAACUCAUGUGUGAAAGUAAAACUUUCUGUUUUGUAAUGUAAGAAUGAAAUUUGCACAUAAAAAUGUAAAAAUCCAGUUUUCACUAGCAAGAAAUCAAUUUAAAUGUAAAUCUGAAAAAAAAAAUUAUAUCUAAAUUUGUUUUUUUCUUGUGAAAACAGAGUUGGUGCAUAUUUAAAAGAUGUUCCUUCCCUUAAAACAGGUUGGGGAAACCCAUACAUACUCAUUAGUGAUGAAGUGCACACACUGCAAUAAAAUUCCUACCAAUAAAAAUGUUCAGACAUA